AUGUCCAGCAGGGGUGGAAAGAAGAAGUCCACCAAGACUUCCCGCUCCGCCAAGGCUGGGGUGAUCUUCCCUGUUGGAAGGAUGCUACGUUACAUCAAGAAAGGCCACCCCAAGUACAGAAUUGGUGUUGGUGCUCCUGUGUACAUGGCUGCUGUACUGGAAUAUCUGACUGCGGAAAUUCUGGAAUUGGCUGGAAAUGCAGCAAGGGACAACAAGAAGGGUCGAGUCACUCCUAGGCACAUCCUGUUGGCUGUAGCAAAUGAUGAAGAAUUAAAUCAGCUAUUGAAAGGGGUCACCAUAGCCAGUGGUGGAGUCUUACCCAACAUCCAUCCAGAACUCUUGGCAAAGAAGCGGGGAUCCAAAGGAAAGCUGGAAGCCAUCAUCACUCCACCUCCAGCAAAGAAGGCAAAGUCUCCAUCACAGAAAAAAACUGUAUCAAAGAAAACAGGAGGCAAGAAAGGGGCAAGGAAAUCCAAGAAGAAGCAGGGAGAAGUGAGCAAAUCAGCCAGUGCUGACAGCACAACAGAGGGGACUCCUGCAGAUGGCUUCACAGUCCUGUCCACCAAAAGCCUGUUCCUUGGCCAGAAGCUGAACCUUAUUCACAGUGAAAUCAGUAAUUUAGCCAGCUUCGAGGUGGAGGCCAUUAUCAAUCCCACCAAUGCUGACAUUGACCUUAAAGAUGACCUAGGGAGCACUCUGGAGAAGAAGGGCGGCAAGGAGUUUGUGGAGGCUGUCAUAGAGCUCCGCAAAAAGAACGGACCCCUGGACAUAGCUGGAGCUGUUGUCAGUGCUGGCCAUGGACUGCCUGCAAAAUUUGUGAUCCACUGUAACAGCCCAGGCUGGGGCUCGGACAAAUGCGAGGAGCUGCUGGAAAAGACAGUGAAGAACUGCUUGGCUCUGGCUGAUGAGAAGAAGCUGAAAUCAAUUGCCUUCCCCUCCAUUGGCAGUGGCAGAAAUGGCUUCCCAAAGCAGACAGCUGCUCAGCUGAUCCUGAAAGCCAUCUCCAGCUACUUUGUGUCAACCAUGUCCUCCUCAAUCAAGACGGUGUACUUCGUGCUCUUCGACAGCGAGAGUAUAGGGAUCUACGUGCAGGAAAUGGCCAAGCUAGAUGCCAACUAA